GGUAAAUAUUUGGUAUUGAAUUAUAAUUCUAGGAACAUUGAAAAUCUAAAAAUUUAUUUAAUAUGUAUACCGUCUAAUUAAAAAAAUUUCGAAAAAAUGUUAAACAUGAAUACAAAGCUCAGGUUUUAAUUAAAUUAAAACUUUUAAUUUUUAAACGUGUAAAAAAGAAAAUUUUCUAUCACAAAUUAAAUUUUUAUUUGUAUGUACUACACGAUCGAAAUUGUACUCGUCUUGUUAACAUAGUUAAAUACCAUAAAAAUGAAUGUUUUAAAGUGUUAAAAAUUAUUCGCAUAACUUUUAAAUACACAACAUCGAUAGUUUUAAGUAUAUAAAUAUUGGAUAAGGGUAAGUUUUAUGACAAGAAUAACUGAGAAACGGCUUUUACGUUUUUGCGCCGUCGCCAUUUCAUAUCGGUUAUCUGCUCAACGACGGUGGCGGCAGUGGUCUAGAAUUUAUUGAUUGUUACCGGCGGGUUAACAAGGCGCCUGUCUGAGGCGUUUGAUCGGCGUAAAAUAUAUCGAACAAAAUUCUCAAACACAUAAACACGCGGUCUCGCCGUUACUGACGGUCACCCCAAGUGCAAUACUUCCAAACAUGGGUAAGAAGAAACAGAUACCGGUAGAAGAAUUAGUAGUGCCGCCACAAGACACUCGGAUAUGUGGCACGAUUUGCGUGUGCCAGAUGACGGCCGUUUUGAGCAGUGUGGCCAUCGUUUAUCUGACUGUUGCUAUUUACAUGCCCACAAUGCGUGAGUUUCAAUCCGGUAUAUCGGAAAAUCCAGUGAUUUGCACAACAAUUAGAAAUGUAACUUCGCAAAAGUGCGAUUGGAGUUCAUGCAGCGAAUGGUGUCUGAGCAAGCCCGGCGGUGGCUGUGCACAAAUUUAUGUGAACAUUAGGAACAAUGGUUCGACUCUACUAUUCCAAAAAUGUUCAGAUGUUUUCAACAAAACGUGUUUUGGCAUCGACCCAGAAAACGCCAAAAAAUACACUUGCAUCCGGGAUGAGUGCAAAUGGUUGACGGGAACGUUCAAUUGUACGGAUGGUGUAUGCAUCAACAUUACAGAUGCAUUUCGAUGCGAGUUUCGCAAUACUGAAUCACCUCCUCUAAAGUGCAACCAGCAUCGAGGUAAAAUUAAUUGCAUGGCUAUUUCUGGUCUAAAUAAUUGCGUACGAGGCGAAUGCAGUCGAAUAUUGAAGCCAUAUAACUGUGAUCGUCGCUGUGUAGACAUACCAACUAGAAACAAAAAUGUCAUAGUAUUAAGUGGUGAUCGAACAUUUCUAUCGCAGUGUGAGACAGCUGCACAUCUACCAGGCUAUACAGACAAUGAUGCUGUACCUCCAUCCGACUCGUCCAUCUCCCUUAGGAAAGAGAUUUGGACAGAAGAACAAGGUCAAGUAUUAUUGACUUCAUGCAUGAAUAUUGUGCCCCAUGGUCCUGAAGAAGUGCUAGCGAUGGAUUGUGUCAACGGGUCUCUUCUGAAUAAAAAAGUGCUUUUUGACUAUGCGAACUUUUCCAUGUUAUACAACCUAAACGCCUACAGCGACACUCCAUUAGUGCCAGACGAUUCGGUAGCACCCAGGGAGCACAAAUUGCUCAUUGCUAAGGACAGUCACUUACACAUCAAUUUACAGGGAUGUGUAAACACAUUAAGAGGUGAAUGUGAAGCAUUCAUUCGGCGAUACGGUAAAGACGGUUCGGACCACAAUGCUCGUGCAAGAUUCCGGUGUUAUUACGCGACCGACAUACCACAAUUAGCUGUAGUCCGGUUCGAUUUAGAACGCACCUACAAAGAGUUUCUAGUGGCAUCCGUCGUACCUGUGGUUAUGCUCAUCGUAUCCUGCCUAACAUUAUUGCUGUGUCAGAAAACUGUUGAAGUUGGGGAUGACGCCAAGAUGCGAUUUAAAAAAAAGAGUAUGAAGACUCUAUUUCCUCUACACGAGUGCGAGUUGGACAGCAUCACCGACAACAGGGCGUCUAAUAACGAAUUAGACAAUACAGCGCUCUGAGAUACAUUACGCAUUCCCCUUCUUCAGGACAGCCCUACCCGGCAGCAAGAGAUGUACUCGUUGCCGGACUAUUAGAGCUUCUCAGAGAAAAUUCAUUCGGACCACCAACAUCGAAGUCCGGAUCGAAAAGGGGAUUGCGUAAAUCCUGGUUUUAAUUAUAAAAUACUUCUGUGUUAUACAUUUAAAUGUUAAAGAUGUCAAAAAACACCAAUCUGCUCUAUUACUUGCCAGCAUCAAGCACAAAUAACGUCUAUAGAGCUAUUGUAUUACCGCAAAUAUUAUACUAUUCCUCAUUAAAUAAGAGAGGAAUUGUGUGACAAUUUAAUACUUAAUCAGUAGUCGCAUUAAGCUAUUAAGUAACUCUAAUACGUAUAAGCUGUUUUACAGGGCUAUAAAAAAAAUUAUAUAUAGAGUUUCUUAAACAGCUCAAAAAUCAAUGCAAUUUUUAUAUUGUUGUACAUGUGUUUCGUAGAAGUCUAUUCACGACUCAAAUUCAUAGUAAUUAUUAAUUUUAUAACUCGAGCUUUUAAAAAUUUUUAACCGAGUAAAUGUAAGUAUAGAUUCAGUACUUAUACUUUAAUUCGUAUAACAUGGCAAAGUUCUAUUAUAAAAGUGAAUAGGCUGGCAUAUUUGUAAUGAAUUUUUGUACCUUUACGGCAAUUUAAUUCAUUAAAAUUAAUUUUGUAUUAUUCAAAUUUU